AAUGCUCUACUUUCCUCUGUUGGUCUCGGUACUGCGCAACAGAUUCCUCAGCCUAUAGAAGUGAAGAGGAAAAGGAGGGGCAGAAGGGGGAGGGAAAGAGGAGGCACUAGGACCUGUUGGCUCCUGCGGUGGAGGUCAGACGAGUAGCUGUGGGACUCCAACUUUUAAAACAAUCAAUUUCCACUAAGAGACAGUGGGAGCUGGGCUAGAGUGAAUGGCACAGGACGUGGAUACACAACUUUUUUAACGUUGAACGGGACUGGGCUUUGGAGAUAAAUCUUUGACGUGUGAAAACUGGAAUACAACCAUCUUUUAGCUUGGGGCAACUUGAGAGGAGACCAUCUCUGAGAAAAAUCUGAAACACAAGCCAGUCCGGAUGGCAGGCGUUUGGGGGUCAGCCUGCACUGGAUUUUGGCUCUAGCAGCCCACUGGGCCUUCACUUCAGCUCAGAACAUUUCACAGGAAGUGUGCCCAUGAGGUCAUUGAUGCUGGUCCUGCUCUUCCUGAUCAGCGUCCAGGCUGCAUUCAACAUGGGAGGCCACACCCAGGCGCAGGGGCCAGCCAGUCAGCACACAGCAGCAGAACGUUUACCCAGAUCUCAUAGCCAUCCCAAAAAGGACACACAUUACGAUGACCAGAUUCCCACCGUGGACCCCAAACUCUUCAACAAGCGCCGCUACCGCUCACCCCGCGUGCUCUUCAGCGAAGUUGUCCCUACAGAAAGUGCGACGGGUCCCAGGCUCCCACGUUUUCGGCGAAGGGCUAACGAGUUUUUGCAUCGUGGCGAGUACUCUGUGUGUGACAGCACGGAGCGCUGGGUCACCAAUCUGACCAAUGCCACAGACCUAAAGGGCAAUGAAGUCACAGUGCUGCCACACGUUCGUAUCAACAACAUCGUCAAGAGCCAACUCUUCUUUGAGACCACGUGCCUCAUGUCUACACCCAGCGGGUCCCCCAAGGCAGGUCAGGGAGCCAGUGGUGUUAAAGCUGGAACCUCGAGCUGUCGUGGUAUUGACCAUAGACACUGGAACUCUUAUUGCACCAACACGCACACCUACGUGCGGGCGCUAACGUCCUACAAAAAUCAGAUCGCCUGGAGGUUCAUCCGAAUCAACGCUGCAUGUGUAUGCGUGCUAAGCCGCAACUCAUGGAGGCUUUGACUGAUAAAUUCACUAGUGUCUCAGCCAGCCCACUGCAGCCUCCUGUCCUACAUCCUGUCCCAUCUGUCGAUCAUAACAGCCUUACUGCCAACAAUGGUGUUUGAGAUCCCACCCCUUUCCUUUUCUCUUUGUGACUCAACCCAGUCCCCUCCUACCCUACCUCACUCUGUAAAUUAUUCGUUAAGUUAUGAGGACUGCAUUACAUAUUUAUAUAGUUUAUAUGGUCAGAAUAUAAAUAUUAUAUAUAAAUAUAUAUGUGUGUGUGUAUAUACAUAAACCAAGCUUUUGGUGUGUUAUGAUGCUUUAUUUAUUAAACACCUCACGUCAGUAUGACUUUGUC